AAUGUUGCAGUCAUGAUGCCUUGUGGUUUGAGUCCCUUGAUCAUGUGCCCCGAGGGAAAUAAGUUGGUGGGGGCUGUGGAUGACGGAGACGCUGAGGCUUCAGCAGGUGCAUCUUCUGUUCCCCUCACACUCUGGGCUCCUCGGGGAGGAGGGGCUGGAGCCCUGGCCCACCAUUAGCACAAUGAUCCUCAGGCUCCUUCUGGCUCUCAACUUCUUCCCCUCGAUUCAAGUAGCAGAAAACAAGAUUUUGGUGAAGCAGUUGCCCAUGCUUGUGGUGUACAACAAUGAGGUCAACCUGAGCUGCAAGUAUACCCACAACCUCUUCUCAAAGGAGUUCCGGGCAUCCCUUUAUAAGGGAGUAGACAGUGCUGUGGAAGUCUGUGUUGUGAAUGGAAAUUACUCCCAUCAGCCUCAGUUCUACUCAAGCACAGGAUUCGACUGUGAUGGGAAAUUGGGCAAUGAAACAGUGACAUUCUACCUUCGGAAGUUGUUUGUUAACCAAACAGAUAUUUACUUCUGCAAAAUCGAGGUCAUGUAUCCACCUCCUUACAUAGACAAUGAGAAGAGCAAUGGGACCAUUAUCCAUGUGAAAGAGAGACAUCUUUGUCCAGCGCAGCUGUCUCCUCAAUCUUCUAAGCCAUUUUGGGCACUGGUGGUGGUGUGUGGAGUCCUAGUUUUCUAUAGCUUGCUAGUAACAGUGGCUCUUUGUGCUUGCUGGAUGAAGAGUAGGAGGAGCAGGAUCCUUCAGAGUGACUACAUGAACAUGACCCCCCGGAGACCGGGGCCCACCCGAAGGCACUACCAACCCUAUGCACCAGCGCGUGACUUUGCAGCAUACCGUUCCUGACAUGGACGCCUAUCCAGAUGCAAGCCGGCUGGCAGCUCUUCACCCACUCAACACAACUGCUCUGGAUAGGAAAAACCUGCCUCGUCUUCAGCCGGCCACGGGCUCCUUCUACAGGCUCUUCUUAAGCCAGUGAUGCCAAUUUUUCUUGAAUGACUAGACCAAAUAACAUUAUUUUGAGACUCCGAAAUGAAGUUAAAGAAUAUUAUUGUGGCAGGCUCUAUCUUGUAGUGCCAUGACCCAAAUGCCAACUUAACACAUAUUUAUUGACUUAAGAGGUUAUAGUAGAAAACAAACAAACAAAUCCAUGGAUUCUGUCAACCUUGAAAUCUGCUUUCCAUUUCACUCCUUUCUCCUUCACCUGAACAUUGUGGUCAAGUGAAAUGCAAUAUGGAAGGACAUUUUAGAUGGAGAAGAAAGGAUAGAAAAACAUUCUUUUUGGUUAAAUGGGGGUUUAUAGUGGGGAUAGUUUAGAGUGGGGGAGAGGGGACGGAGACUUACACAUUUCAAAAACCAUUAAAACACUCUCUCUCAUUCCUGAAA